AUGUGGGAAUUCCGGUCCAUGUCUUUUUGGCGGGCUGUGUUUGCCGAGUUCUACGGCACAAUGUUCUUUAUCAUCUUCGGGCUGGGAGCAGCUCUGCAUUGGACUGCAGGACCGCUCAAUGUCCUCCAAGUCGCUUUCUGCUUUGAGCUGGCAGCCGCCACACUCAUCCAGUCCAUCGGCCACAUCAGCAGUGGCCACAUCAACCCGGCCGUCACAUUCGCCUACCUGAUUGGCUCCCAGAUGUCCCUGUUUCGUGCGUUCUUCUACAUCUGUGCCCAGUGUUUGGGUGCUCUAGCUGGGGCUGCCGUGCUAUAUGGGGUCACACCAAACAAUGUCAGAGGCAAUCUGGCCCUGAACACGCUUCAACCAGGCAUCAGUCUGGGCAUGGCCACCACCAUAGAAAUAUUCCUGACUCUGCAGCUUGUGGUGUGUGUCUUCGCUGUGACGGAUGAGAGGCGAAACGGGCGACUGGGGUCUGCUGCUCUGUCCAUUGGCUUCUCAGUGCUUGUGGGUCACCUGCUGGGGAUGUAUUAAACCGGAGCUGGAAUGAACCCUGCCAGAUCUUUCGCCCCUGCCGUGCUUUUCAGAAACUUUAUAAAUCAUUGGGUGUAUUGGGUGGGUCCCCUGAUUGGCGGUGCUCUGGGUGCUUUGCUGUACGAUUUCCUGCUUUUUCCGCGAAUGCGUGGUCUGUCUGAGCGGCUGGCCGUGCUCAAGGGCAACCGACCCCCCGAAGCUGAAGCCAAGCAGGAGACCCGAGGGGACCCUAUCGAACUCAAAACACAAGCCCUAUAA